AGUAUCAGACACCCUCGGUGCCCACAUGAGCAGGCGGGGAGAGGGCAAGGGGGUGGGCAAGGGCAAACCCCCAGGCAGUUCGGGGGUUAACCCCAGUCAGGCACCCCCACAGGAGAUGGCCAGGACCCAGGGGGCUGCCAACAUCCGCAAGAGGGGCAAUAGGAACAACGCCAGGAACAGUGCAGGACAACAGGGCACCAGUGAGGAUGGGAACAGUGGGGGAGCGGGUAAUGAGGAGGUUGUGGUGAAAAGCAAAGCUGGCAUCAAGGUGAUCGGACCAAUGGGCAAGGCUGGCAACGAGGAGAUCGGACCAACGGGCAAGGCUGGCAGCAAGGAGAUCGGACCAACGGGCAAGGCUGGCAUCAAGGAGAUCGGACCAACGGGCAAGGCUGGCAUCAAGGAGAUCGGACCAACGGGCAAGGCUGGCAUCAAGGAGAUCGGACCAACGGGCAAGGCUGGCAUCAAGGAGAUCGGACCAACGGGCAAGGCUGGCAUCAAGGAGAUCGGACCAACGGGCAAGGCUGGCAUCAAGGAGAUCGGACCAACGGGCAAGGCUGGCAUCAAGGAGAUCGGACCAACGGGCAAGGCUGGCAUCAAGGAGAUCGGACCAACGGGCAAGGCUGGCAUCAAGGAGAUCGGACCAACGGGCAAGGCUGGCAACGAGGAGAUCGGACCAACGGGCAAGGCUGGCAUCGAGGAGAUCGGACCAACGGGCAAGGCUGGCAUCAAGGAGAUCGGACCAACGGGCAAGGCUGGCAACGAGGAGAUCGGACCAACGGGCAAGGCUGGCAACAGGAAUAUUGUGGCAAAGGGCAAGGCUGGUAACGAGGUUGUGGCUAAGGGCAAAGCUGGGAAGGUGGACAGGUCUGGUGAGGGAGAGGACAGGGACACAAACCUGUGCCAGAGGCUGAGAGAAGUGGUUGAUGGGCUGAAAAUUCGCAAAGAGGAACGAUCAGAAGCAGCAAAUUGCGUGAAUGAGGUUGUGAGCAAAUUACUGGAGCACAUUCGGGGAAAACCCAACUCGUGUUUCCACAACAUCAGGAAGAUUCCCAGCGGCAGCUACUACGAGUCUGUGAAGAUCAGCAGGCCUAAUGAGUUUGACAUGAUGGUGGGGUUGAAGGUGGAGAGGACACGGCUGACGGCGGUGGACGCUGAUGGGGCGUAUUACACGGUGCAGCUGAAGCGUGUGGUGGGCAGUCACCCCCUCACACAGUUUGUGGUGGGUGACAUCCUGUCGGCCCCCGCGAUGCUCCAGCACCUCCGCACCCUCAUCCUGCAGGCCAGCAGGGCCAUCACAG